GUUUGGGUUAGUAGCAUCCGUUCUGGAUCGGGCUACUCUCUUCUCUUCUCUUCUCUUCCCCCACCAACCCCUCCUGUUAUGAUACGGUGCUUCAUUAACAACGCAGCCAAACCCAAGCUGAAGCUGAAGGUGAAGGUGCAACUGCAACUGCAACCCAUAAACACUUUUCAUAGGCCUUCAUCCUCAGCCCAAGACAAUGACAAUCACUUAUACAGCUCCCUUGUCAACAACCUCACCUCAUGCACCACACUAAGAUAUGCCCAUCUCUCCCAUCUCCAAGCCAUCACGAGUGGCUUCUCUCAAGACAUCUUCCUCUGCAACACCAUCAUCAACACAUAUAUAAACAAUGGUGGACUCCAACAGGCUCAACAAAUAUUCGAGAACAUGCCCUUCAGGAAUUCUGUAUCAUGGAGUUCCAUAAUCACAGGGCACGUUCGCUAUGGCCUAUCCUAUGAAGCCAUAGGUCUCUUUCGAAGAAUGAUAAGAGAAGGCUUCGAACCCACCAAAUUCACGUUUGGUAUUACAUUAAGAGCUUGCGAGGACUCGCUUAACAUUCAAAUGGGUAGACAAGUUCAUGGGCUCAUUGCAGGGUCGCCGUGGUUCCAUGACAUAGUGGUAUGCAAUGUUCUUAUGGGUAUGUAUGCCGGCUGCAAUCAGAUCGACCUAUCUCGUAAAGUGUUUGAUGAGAUGUUGCUGAGAAAUUUGAUUUCUUGGAACACUAUGAUCUCAAUAUAUUCACGAUCUUCAGAUUAUGGUUCUUUGAUUGAGCUUUUUUCAGAGAUGAAGAAGUUUGGUAUGGAACCAAACCAAUACACAUUUACCAGUUUAAUAGCUGGGUGUCCUUCUCAUAGCAAACAAAUAAUGACCCAUGUCCUAAAAUCGGGUUAUAUGGGUAAUGUAUAUGUGGGGAGUGCCAUGGUUAAUACAUAUGCUAAGGGUGGGAUGCUGUAUGAAGCCAAGAAGCUUUUUGAAGAAAUGGAAGAGAGGAAUGUUGUCUCAGUGAAUGGGUUGAUGGUGGGCUACGUCCAAUGUGACCAUGGCCGAGAAGCCAUCAAGCUUUAUUGUGUCAUGAGGGCUGCUGAAAAUCGCAUGAACCUUGACUCAAUUCUCAUUCUCAUUAGUGCAUGUGCUUGUAUAGAUGGAGGGAUGAAACAAGGGAAAGAGGUUCACUGCCAUGUUAUCCGAAUGGGUUGGGACUAUGAUAUCUCCACUUGGAAUGGGCUUAUAAAUAUGUAUGCCAAGCAUGGUGCGAUUGACCGUGCCAUGAGGGUUUUUGACCUCAUGGAAGAGAAGGAUGCGGUUUCGUGGAAUGCCAUGAUUUCAGGGCUCGACCAAAAUGGGUGCCACGAACAAGCUCUCAAGACCAUUUAUUUGAUGCAGAAAAUGGGAGCGAACCCAUCAAAUAUCACAGUAGUAAGCACGUUGAGCUCGUGUGCUAGCUUAGGUUCUAUUGAGCAAGGAGAACAGAUCCAUUGCAAUGUUAUUAAAUUAGGUUUAGAAGAGGAUGUUUCAGUGUCAAACUCACUUCUCACCAUGUAUGCAAGGUCAGGAAACCUAGAGGGUUCUCAAAAGGUUUUUGCCACAAUGACUGAGCAUGAUCAAGUUUCAUGGAAUGCUAUGAUUGGAGCAUAUGCAGAUGCUGGGCAUGCAAAAGAAGCACUCCAACUUUUCUGCUCAAUGAUGCAAUCUGGCUGUGGUCUCUUGAACAGGAUUACAGUUCUAAACCUUCUCACUGCUCUAUCUUUAUCGAAUCUCGAACUCAAAAGCCAGGUUCAUGCACUAGUAAUCAAAUGUGGUUUGGAAGGGGAUAAUGCCAUUGAGAAUGCCCUUCUCUCUUCCUAUUCAAAGAGCGGAGCAAUGGAGGACUCUGAGCAUCUCUUUACUGAGAUGUCCAUUAGGGAUGAGGUAUCAUGGAAUUCAAUGAUUGUAGGCUAUGUGCAAAACGGCCAUGUGGAUAAGGCCAUGGAGGUUUUGCAGACCAUGAUUCAGAAGGGAAUAAGAAUGGAUCACUUCACCUAUGCUUCAACUCUAAGUGCUUGUGCAUUAAUUGCAGCAUUAGAACAAGGGAUGCAAAUUCAUGCCAGUUGUAUUAGGGCGUCUCUAGGGUUUGAUGUUGUUGUCGAAAGCUCGGUCCUUGAUAUGUAUGCCAAGUGUGGAAGGAUUGACUAUGCUUCGAAAGCGUUCAACCUGAUGUCUUUACGGAAUGAAUUCUCAUGGAAUUCCAUGAUAUCAGGCUAUGCUCGACAUGGGCAUGGUGAACAAGCAUUAGAGCUGUUCAAAAAGUUUGAGCAAGAGCCUGGAAGAAGCCCUGAUCAUGUCACAUUUGUUGGGGUCUUAUCAGCUUGCAGCCAUGGUGGGUUGCUCGAACAGGGGUUUGAGUAUUUCAAUUUGAUGAGAGAGAAAUAUGGGUUAACUCCUAGAGUGGAGCACUAUGCAUGCAUGGUGGAUCUCUUUGGUCGGGCGGGCGAGCUUAGAAAGGCAGAGGGCUUCAUCAAGAGCAUGCCCAUGGAGCCUAGCAGUCUGGUUUGGAGGACAUUUCUAGGGGCUUGCAGGGUUCAUGGUGAUACGAUACUAGGAAACCAAGCUGCAAAUAAGCUCAUUGAAUUGGAACCCCAAGACCCAGUAAGCUACGUGUUAGCAUCCAAUAUGUAUGCAUCAGGAGAGAGAUGGGAUGAUGUCGCAAAAACUAGGGCCAUGAUGAGGGGAAACCAAGUAAAGAAGGAGCCUGGUUGCAGCUGGGUAGUGAUGAAAGAUGGCAUCCACGUAUUCGUAUCAGGUGACAUGUCACAUCCCAAUAUUGAUGAAAUCUAUGCAAAACUAAAAAUGCUUACUAGACAGAUGAGGGCCGCUGGCUAUGUACCCGAGACCAAAUUUGCACUAUACGAUCUUGAAAUGGAGAGCAAGGAAGAGCUGCUAAGCUAUCACAGUGAGAAGUUGGCGAUUGCUUUUGUUCUUACUCGUUCUUCGGAAAAGACUAUCAGAAUCAUAAAAAACCUUCGAGUUUGUGGUGAUUGCCACAAGGCAUUUAAAUACAUAUCAGAGAUUGUAGGGAGGCAAAUUGUCUUAAGGGAUUCUAAUCGCUUCCAUCAUUUUGAGGACGGGAAGUGUUCAUGUAGGGAUUAUUGGUGAUAGAAGAUUGAAAUGUAACUCAGGAUUACUUCUUUGGAGAUACAUAGCAUUUGGGGUGGUACAUAAAUUGUGCACCACCGGAGCAUCCACCACUCGUCAUCGAUAUAAAUCCAAUAAAACACAAAUCAACAGAUCCUAGAAGCCAUAGGAGGGUACUUCCACUCCCAAUCACAUGCCAAUCGCUAUCCAAUAUUUGCUAUACCACGGUUCUUGAACUGGUGUUAAUUCUUGUUGUUCAAGACUCCGAUCAGAGGGGUAGAUUCAGGGUGGAGUGUUUAAGCCUACCAUCAACGCAUGUACCUCAAGGAAACUGUUCUCAAAUCAAGAAAUCUAAGUUUUGCUUCGGUCUGCAAGUGAAUUUACAAAAGUUCUUCCUUGCAAGGUCGAGCAAUUAGACACUGAUCAAGGGUUGCUUCAAGUUCAUUCGUUGUAAUAGUGCAAGAAGCUUCACAAGAGAACAGUAUCAUUUGUGAUUGUAUAUUUCCAGUUUUUCAAUGAACCAGGGUGCAAUAAACAAUCAUAAACUUUCAGAAUCCUCCUCCAAAGUCCAAAAGAGGUAGUGCGAUGGUUGUUUGCCUUAUCCUCGUGAAGCAAUUGACGCAAGAGAUGAAAGAUCUAAAUAAAAAGAUUUUGCAAGAACGCAAGAUGGGGGCAUCUUCAGUUUAGGAACUUUCUGUUUCUUCAGGUAACGACUACUGGGACACAUGGAUAACCCCAGACUUAUAUUGUAGUUGGACCAUGUAAAAUCAGAGCCCCUAGUCUCAAAAAUUAAAUUGCAA